CCCGCCCCGCCCCGCCGCCACUGCCGCGCCGAGUCCUUUUGUCCAAGAUGGCGGCGCCGGGGGCGCUGCCUCCUGGGCCGCGGCUGCCGCCGCCACUGUGAAAGGCCUACGGGCCGCCCGCCCGCCGCGCCGGCGCCAUGAAGCGGCAGAGCGAGCGAGACUCGAGCCCGAGCGGGCGUGGCUCGUCAUCGUCGGCAAAGCGGCCGCGGGAGCGCGAACGGGAGGCGGAGGCGGGCGGGCGGCGAGCGGCGCACAAGGCCUCCGGCGGCGGCACCAAGCACCCUGUUCCAGUGCGAGCCCGCGACAAACCCCGCGGUAGCGGCGGCGGCGGAGGAGGAGGGCAUCGCGACGGUCGGGGCGCCGGCGACGCUAAUCACCGUGCGAGCAGCGGGCGCUCCUCAAGCUCUGGCGCCGGCGGUGGGGGACGCGGCGGCAAGGCCUCGGGGGACCCGGGCGCCUCGGGCGCGUCGCCCCGCGCGUCUCCACUGCCGCCGCCCCCACCACCUCCCGGGGCUGAACCUGCGGGUCCCGGCUCUACGGCCGCACCGGAAUACAAGACGCUGCUCAUCAGCAGCCUGAGUCCCGCGCUGCCUGCCGAGCACCUGGAGGACCGGCUCUUCCACCAGUUCAAGCGCUUUGGCGAGAUCAGCCUACGCCUGUCGCACACUCCAGAGCUGGGCCGCGUGGCCUACGUGAACUUCCGGCACCCGCAGGACGCGCGCGAGGCCCGCCAGCACGCCCUGGCCCGCCAGCUGCUGCUGUACGACCGCCCGCUCAAGGUAGAGCCGGUGUACCUGCGCGGGGGUGGGGGCGGCGGCGGUGGGAGCAGCCGGCGAAGCAGCAGCAGCAGCGCCGCUGCCUCCACGCCACCCCCUGGGCCGCCAGCGCCCGCCGACCCGCUCGGCUACUUGCCGCUCCAUGGAGGCUAUCAAUACAAACAGCGCUCACUGUCCCCGGUAGCCGCCCCGCCCCUGCGGGAACCCCGUGCCCGCCACGCUGCUGCAGCCUUCGCCCUGGAUGCUGCCGCCGCGGCUGCUGUGGGUCUAUCCCGGGAGCGGGCCUUGGACUACUACGGAUUGUAUGAUGACCGCGGGCGCCCCUACGGCUACCCAGCAGUGUGUGAGGAGGACCUGAUGCCUGAGGACGACCAGCGGGCCACUAGAAAUCUCUUUAUCGGGAACCUGGACCACAGCGUGUCUGAGGUGGAGCUGCGACGGGCCUUUGAGAAGUAUGGCAUUAUUGAGGAGGUGGUCAUCAAAAGGCCUGCCCGUGGUCAGGGUGGUGCUUACGCCUUUCUCAAGUUCCAGAACCUGGACAUGGCCCACAGGGCUAAGGUGGCCAUGUCGGGCCGGGUGAUUGGCAGAAAUCCCAUAAAGAUAGGCUAUGGCAAGGCCAACCCCACUACUCGCCUGUGGGUGGGUGGCCUGGGACCUAACACCUCGCUGGCAGCUUUGGCCCGGGAGUUUGAUCGCUUUGGAAGCAUUCGGACCAUUGAUCAUGUCAAAGGAGACAGCUUUGCCUACAUCCAGUAUGAGAGCCUGGACGCAGCCCAGGCCGCCUGUGCUAAAAUGAGGGGCUUUCCAUUGGGUGGUCCAGACCGUAGGCUGCGGGUGGAUUUUGCCAAAGCAGAGGAAACUCGUUAUCCCCAGCAGUACCAGCCCUCACCCCUCCCUGUGCAUUAUGAGCUUCUCACUGAUGGAUAUACCAGGCACCGCAACCUGGAUGCGGACCUGAGGGUGCGGGACAGGACCCCCCCACACCUUCUAUACUCAGACCGAGACCGGACCUUUUUGGAAGGGGACUGGACCAGUCCCAGUAAAAGUUCUGAUCGCAGAAACAGCCUGGAAGGUUAUAGCCGCUCUGUGCGCAGCCGUAGUGGUGAACGCUGGGGGGGAGAUGGUGACCGGGGCAUGCCCAAGCCCUGGGAAGAGAGGCGCAAGCGGAGGAGCCUUUCCAGUGACCGUGGAAGGACAACCCAUUCUCCUUAUGAGGAACGGAGCAGGACCAAGGGUGGUGGGCAGCAGUCUGAACGUGGCUCAGACCGCACCCCUGAGCGCAGCCGCAAGGAGAACCACUCCAGUGAAGGGACCAAGGAAUCCGGCAGCAACUCCCUUAGCAACAGCAGACACGGAGCUGAAGAGCGGGGCCAUCACCACCACCACCAUGAAGCCCCAGACUCUUCUCACGGGAAGAAGACAAGAGAGAGCGACCGCAAUCAUCGUACCACUGAGGCCGAGACCAAGCCUCUUGAAGAGCCAAAACAUGAGACCAAAAAACUAAAGACUCUUUCAGAGUAUGCUCAGACACUGCAGCUAGGUUGGAAUGGGCUUCUAGUGUUGAAAAACAGCUGCUUUCCAACAUCUAUGCACAUCCUAGAGGGGGACCAGGGAGUUAUCAGUGGUCUCCUCAAAGACCACUCUUCCGGUAGCAAGCUGACUCAACUGAAGAUUGCCCAGCGCCUUCGACUGGACCAGCCUAAGUUGGACGAGGUCACGCGUCGCAUCAAACAGGGGAGCCCCAAUGGCUAUGCAGUGCUCCUAGCCACCCAGGCAACCCUUAGUGGGCCUGGCACUGAGGGGAUACCCACGGUGGAGCCAGGCCUACAGAGGCGGCUUCUCAGGAACCUGGUCUCCUACUUGAAACAGAAGCAGGCUGCAGGGGUAAUCAGCCUGCCAGUGGGUGGAUCCAAGGGCAGAGACAGCACAGGCAUGCUCUAUGCCUUCCCUCCCUGCGACUUUUCACAGCAGUACCUCCAGUCAGCACUGAGGACAUUGGGCAAGCUAGAAGAAGAGCACAUGGUGAUAGUUAUAGUGAGAGACUCUGCCUAGCCGAAACCUGUCUUUUCCAGCUCCAUGUUUGUGUCACAAAAGCAGUUAUUUUAAAAUCUGAUCCCUUCUCAACCCUACUCCCUUGGUUUGAAUUCUCUGCUGGGUUAUUUUGGUUUAUUUGAAGGGGAACAAAGUUCUGUCCACCACUAAAACUAAGUUCUUAGAUUGGGGGGGGAUUUUUUUUUUAAACAACUAUGAGAAGGGACUCUGUUACAUUGACUUCUAGUGUACAAGAUACUGUCUGCUGUAUUCUGUAUUUUUUUAUUUUUUGACUAACUGUAUGGAAAGUUGUCAGUAAAGCCUUUGUCAGAGGAUGGAUUUCUAAUCCGUU